AGCUCCGAGAUGACUGUGAGGAGCCAGCACUGUGUGGUCCAUCUCACCAGCCCCUUCUUUGCAGGCACGGCUGCCGGACGGUCAUUGCAAGCCGGAACCUGCAGCGAGUGUCGGAGGCCUCGAAAAAGCUGGUGGCAGCCACUGGCCAGCAGUGCCUGCCUCUGUCCAUAGAUGUCAGGCAGCCCCAAACCAUUGUGGCAGCAGUGGAUGAGGCACUGAAGGAGUUCAAGCAGAUUGACAUCCUUGUUAACGGUGCAGCAGGAAACUUUCUGUGCCCGGCCAGCGCCCUGUCCUUCAACGCCUUCAAGACCGUGGUAGAUAUCGACACCAUUGGCACCUUCAACACCUCCAAAGUCCUCUUUGAGAAAUAUUUCCGGGACCACGGUGGGGUCAUUGUUAACAUCACGGCAACCCUGAGCUACCGAGGGCAGGCCCUCCAGGUCCACGCUGGUACUGCUAAGGCUGCCAUAGAUGCCAUGACCCGUCACCUUGCUGUGGAGUGGGGACCCAACAACAUCCGAGUGAACAGCUUGGCACCGGGCCCCAUUACAGGCACCGAGGGCUACCGGCGGCUGGGUGGGAAAUUUGCCGAGGAAGCGAGCCACUUUGCCACGAUCCCCCUCCAGCGUGCAGGGAACAAGACGGAGAUUGCCCACAGCACACUGUACCUGGCGAGCCCCCUCUCCUCCUACGUGACAGGCACCACCCUGGUCGUGGAUGGCGGGAGCUGGCUGACCUCUGCCAACAACUUCUCUGCCUUGCUGGGUAUUGCUUCAUCCUCUGCUAAGCUCUAG